CCUAACUGAUCGGCCAUCUCUAAACUGUUUGGCGCUCUUUCUUGUUUACGGCAUUUCAUCUUCUGAGGAAAUUCACUCUAAUCGUACAAUUUGCUAUUUUAAUAGAUUGCAAAAUGAUGGAACCCUUUGAUCCCCGCUCCAUUAUCAACGGUGGCAUGCUGAAGCAGUUUGCCGGCCAAACAGUGAGCAUUAUGGUGCGUGUGGAAAGCGUUGCUGGCACAACGCUGCUGGCCAGUUCCACGGACAACCAGAAGCUGAAGAUCAACCUGCCGGGCGAACUGGGUGCUGCCCAAGGUGCCUGGGUGGAGGUGAUUGGAGUGCCCCACGGCUCCGACUCCAUCAGAGCCAAAGAGGUCAUUGAGUUUGGUGGCGAAAACAUUGAUUUCGAUACGGAGGGCUACAAUGGCAUGACCCAUGUCCUGAACAACGUCAAGGCCUUCUAUCGCAGCGGUUGAGAGGCUCCUGCAUCACAUAUUCCCCCUACUAUAGAAUAGAUCCUAGCUUACAACCAUUUUUUGUUAAUUUUUUUGAGAAAAUCGGCCUGCAGCCUGCAAGAAAUCGUUUUAUUUCUAAUAUUUUAGAUUUGUAAUUCGAAUAAAUAAUAAAAACACAAA